AUGGAAGUUUCUGAAACUGCAUAUGAAUUUUCUAAUAUAAUUUUAGAAGAAUUUGCAGGACCAUAUCGAAAGAAUAUUUUAGAAUAGUAAAUUAAUAAUAUAGAAGAAAAGUAUUAAAAUUUAGAAUAAUAAAAAAAAAAUGAUACUGAUAAAUAUUCACUAAAUUACGAUUAAAAAUUUAAUAACAUAAAAGACGAUGAAGACAAAUAAAAAGAACUAUAAGAUUUAAUUAAAUAAAAUCCUUACUUAUAAGCAAUGGGAUGCUCACAUGAUAGAAGAAAAGAAAGAGAAUUAUAUGAAAAAUCUACAAAAGAAAAACUUGAUAAUGCUGAAUUUUUUAAAAACGAAGGAAACAAAGCUAUUAAAGAAAAAGAAUAUGAAAAAGCAGCAUUUUUUUAUUAAAAAGUUUUAAUUUUUAUUCUAAAAAUAAUUAAUUAUUAAAAUCAAUUAGGCUUUAUUACAUUUCGAUUAUACUUUUGCUGACACAGAUAUUGAAUAAAAAAGAUAAGAUUUAUUAACCGAAUAAUGUCAUGUAAAUAUGAGUUUAACUAAAUAUUAUUUAAAAGAUUAUGAUGAAGCUUUAAGUUAGGCAAAUUAAGCUUUAAAACUUAAUCCUAAAAACAUUAAAGCUUUGUUUAGAAUUGCAAUUAUUUACUUGGAAAGAGAUUUAUAUGAUAAAGUUUAAGAAGUAAUUCUUUUAUUUAUUAUAAUUUUUUUUUUUUCUUUAGA